AUGUCCGUCGCUAAAAUUCCCCUUCUCCGCUUGCCUUCUAUCCCACUCGAGCGUAGCCUUUUGCUUCGACCUAAGCAAACAAUACCUUUGAAGCUCCCGAGGCAUUGCAUCAUGGGCCCGCCACCAAGUCGAGUGGGCCUCGUCACUUGCAAACUCCCUAAGAAUCUCCACAUUCCAAUUACAAUCGAAGUCCCGAAAGCACAUCCAUGGCUUGAGGCCCAAAUAGUGAAGCACGUAGAGAAUGGGCGGGUCGGCCCGAAACAUGCGGGCUCGUCUCCUUCCCAAAAGUUCUUGAGGAAAUUCAUGCGCUUCGGAAUUCGAUGCCACCAUCCUUGGUCACCGCCGUUGUACGAGUCGAUCGAGUCAAUGUGGUCCAUUAGAAGUUUGAAAGUGCACUCGGAGGGCUCGACUAGCAUGACGCCCGAGUUGAAGAGCGAAAUCGAUGUUGCGGAGGAUGAGGAGAUCAGCAUCAAUGAAGAUGACCUUGUCGUAGUCGGUGAGUUGCCAAAGGCGGAAUUUGCUAUAGUUCCACUCAUUGUAGGCUUCGGGCUCAGCUUUUGGGUUGCGGACACGGAGUAUGGGCCGGACCUUCCAGCCCGCAGACUCGAGGCCCGCGCGGUGGUGAGGUGUAAUGGCAUCAUCAACAAGGACAAUGAGGUCGCGCGAUGA